GAUGGAAGAAAGCAAGAGCGAUCAAAAUGAAGAGGAAAAGUUGAAUAAUGAGCCAAAGAAGGAAAAGGAAGGCAAUGAUGGAAACAUAAUUGUCACAGGCCGUUGGACUAAUGAAGAACAUAUCCAAUUCAUCACUUGUCUCAAGAAAUAUGGUAAGGAUUGGACCAAACUUGAGAACUGAGUACCGACAAGAACAGGGCCUCAGGUGAGAAGCCAUGCUCAAAAAUACUUCAACCGUAUUAAGAAGGAAUAUCAGACUGAGUAUCCUUUGGAAUAUAUCAAUGAAUUCUCCAAAGUUCCUCAAGAUUUUCAAGAAAAUCCAAAAGAAAGAGUCACAGAGAGCGAGCCGAAUCCUGUUUUGAAGAAUAUUAGAGAGAGUAUCUCUUCAGAAUCGAAAAAGAUGAAAACUAUCAGGCCAGAGUCCAAGAAGACCGUGCCCAGCACCAUGAUUAGUACUAAGUACUACAGUUACAUGGACUCCUUUAAGAGCCCAACUGAUACAGGUAAGGAUGAUAGUAUCAAAGAGAAAGAUAUCUCUUUGAAUGAUAUCAUCUCUACAGUGAAGAAAGACUCUGAUUCAGAAGAGUCAAACAUUAUAUACCUGGAGAAUGGAGAGAUGAGAAUCAACUCGAAUAUAAUCAAGUUCUCCACACCUUGUAAGAUCGAAACAAUCAAAAUAAAUGGGGAAGAUGUGAUCAUGAUCCAUCCUGAAAAUCCGUCUACUAUAAAAAUAUCCCCUGUCGUACUGGACACUCCUAUUGUCAUAAACCCUAGUGGAAUGAGUCAGGUAGGCCAGCCAAACCAGGGGAUCUCUCAGUAUGAUCAAGUAAUAUAAAUCCUAGAUAAAGCAUACUGCUUAAAAGAGGUAUAUUGAAACAAUCAUUAUCUUCCGUUCUUUUGACGCGAAUAAAUAAGGUCAUUAACAUAGUUUAA